AUGAAUUUUUCAUCGUAUAACCAGAGUUUCACUCAAACAUGCCAUGGAAGCCUCAUGGAUUUUGAUCCAAAAAUCCAACUUAUGGAAGCUAAAUUCAGUGAUAGCUACAAUAGUCGACAUGGCGGAAGUACGCGCACUUUGGUGUACGAGAACAAGCAGUGCAUACAUCCUGAUUCAGAACUGUUGGACCUCGGUGGAAUGGAAGGUGGUGACCUUGAGAUGUCAGAUUUUGAGACUCCCGGCUCAUUGGGUAGUGUAAGCGCUCUGCAUUUUAGUCCGAGUAAUGGCUGUCCAACUGACUUUGACGUGCUUUUGGACGAUGGGAGUCGAAGACACCUUGACUGCAAAAAGAAAACCAAAUCCACGAAGCGAAAGUGA